UUGACAGUUUCGCAGAAUCUGCAGAAAAGGAAAAUCUGUCCAGUAAAUUGGGUCUAUGCACUGGAAGAGCAGAAUGAUGCUACUUAUGUGAUCGACAGGAACCUUUGCACUUACUUGUAUAAUAAUGUCCUGGAGUGAUAUGACUGCUGGGGAUUUCAAAUGAGAGAUGAUGAUUUCCCAUGUCAUUGGCUAUGCUCUCCAUGGCUUCUAAUUAUUGAAAUCACAUGGUCUGCUGUAUAAGAAACCUUUUCAACAGCCGUUGAACGACUAUGACGGCUGUUGUCAUCAGGAAUACAUUCUGGGAAGACUAUGUAAGGCAGUGGAUGGGGUCAACUAAUUCUUCUGGGAAUUAUACUAUUUGUUGUCAUGGGCUUCCAACAGAUACUUUUGAAUCAAUAAUGGAAAAACAUGAAACUGGCAUAGAGGAACAUAAGGAAAAUAAUUUGAUUAUUUCACAGUGUAUUGAUCCUGGAGAUACAAAUGGGGUUUUCAAAUUACAAGAAGGCACUUCAAAAAAGAUUGAUGAAAAUGAUAACCUCAGCAUGGAUGCCGGGAACAUUUCUUCGGACCCGAGUACUGAAACAGAUGUGCACAGCAGUGUUGUAAAUGAUGAGCAGUGUUGCAAAGGUACUGAACUUCAUUCACAACAGGUGGAAGUAAAUUUAAACAAUGACAGCUUAUCACAAAAUGAAAUUCAAGAAGACUGUACAGACAGAGAACAUUCUGGGGCUGAAAAUGCCCAAGAGGAAGAAAAAAAUGAUGAUGCUACCAAAGGUGGUUGCUGUAGUGAAAACAUCAUGGACAAUCUUAACAUGAUGGGCUUUAUUUCCAAAAGCAAUGCAUCAGGAGAAACGUGUAAUUCUACAAAUAUGGAGGAAAUUGUUAGGCAUGGCAAACAACUACUGCAUUCUGCUUUAAUCGCACAACAACGAAGAAAAACAGAGGGCUCAAAGGAUGGACAUGAAAAACCCUUGUGUGAUUUGGUACUUGAUUGUCCUCCUUGCGGCCCACGUGCAAUGUCUGAAACAGGUACCAUAGAUUUACCUCUGCUUCAACAUUGUCCAGAUGGAGAUUUAAAACAGAACAAUGUGGAUGGUCUUUCACACCCUCUAAACAAGGGCUUAAAAAGCACUUAUUUAACAGAUGUCGUCCACUGCUUCAACAACAUUAAAGGCCAUGGAAUUGUUCAUGAUAAAGUAAGACUUCGGAGAAAAAAGGAUCAUGCUGGCAGAGGACAGGAGGUACAGGAUGAAGGUUUAAGCAUAAUAAAUAAAUACUCCCAUGGGACUGCUCAUAUUGCCUUAAAAAGAAAAACACACACAGAUGUUACAAUGGACAAAUCAACAACUGCAGUGAAUGGGAUCACAGCUGCAGGGUUCAAGAAAUUAAGAGAAGACAUACAUAGGUCAAGAGUCGACUCAAUGGUGAUGCUAAUCAUGAAACUGGAUCAGCUAGAUCAAGAUAUAGAAAAUGCUCUCCAUACUCAGUCUCCGUCCGACAAACCAGAUAUAAGCCAGUCAUUCCCUGCAAAUGAUACCGUAAACGGCACAGGGAGAGAACAUAUGGAUCCACUAUGUCAUCUUCCUAGGAAUUUCUCCCAAUUUGCCUUUUCUGAACGUGGAUUCCUGGGGCAGACAUCCAGCUGUGGAGCUAAACCGAAGAUUGCAGCAAUGCCAGCAAUUUCUGAAAAGGAGAGAGCCGGAUAUAUUUCCUUCAAUCCUCAAAAAAAAAAAAAAUAUUCAUUCAUUCUACAGCUAAAUAUCGGGAGUCUCCUGGAAUUUAUUGUUUCCGUAAACAGUGAAAAGCGUGAGAUGGGGUGUCUUUUGGUUUUAUAUUCCGCUGUUAUCAAGAAGAACUUUAAUGUGGGAAUGAUGAAAGGCCAGUCGGCUGCUGGAUACCUUCCCGUGAUUCCUGUGUCUGAGGAAGGGUUUGUGCUGCUCACAGGAUGA